UUGGAAGGUCACGGUCGUUCGGUCACAUCCGUCGCAUUCUCACCCGAUGGACGGUUCAUCGCGUCGGGCUCACAUGACAACACGGUGCGCGUCUGGGAUGCAGAGACAGGGACGGCCGUCGGUGUCUCUUUGGAAGGUCACUGUCGUUGGGUCACAUCCGUCGCAUUCUCUCCCGAUGGACGGUUCAUCGCGUCGGGCUCAUAUGACUACACGGUGCGCGUCUGGGAUGCAAAGACAGGGACGGCCGUCGGUGCCCCUUUGCAAGGUCACAAUGAUUGGGUCACAUCCGUCGCAUUCUCUCCCGAUGGACGGUUCAUCGCGUCGGGCUCACAUGACAGGACGGUGCGCCUCUGGGAUGCAAAGACCGGGAUGGCCGUCGGCGCCCCUUUGGAAGGUCACAGUCAUUAUGUCGCAUCCGUCGCAUUCUCUCCCGAUGGACGGUACAUCGCGUCGGGCUCAGAUGACAAGACGGUGCGCCUCUGGGAUGCAAAGACAGGGACGGCCGUCGGUGCCCCUUUGGAAGGUCACGGUCGUUCGGUCACAUCCGUCGCAUUCUCUCCAGAUGGACGGUUCAUCGCGUCGGGCUCACAUGACGAGACGGUGCGCCUCUGGGAUGCAAAGACAGGGACGGCCGUCGGUGUCCCUUUGGAAGGUCACAGUUAUUUUGUCACAUCCGUCGCAUUCUCUCCCGAUGGACGGUUCAUCGCGUCGGGCUCGUGUGACAAGACGGUGCGCGUCUGGGAUGCAAAGACUGGGACGGCCGUCGGUGUCCCUUUGGAAGGUCACAGUCAUUUUGUCACAUCCGUCGCAGUCUCACCCGAUGGACGGUUCAUCGCGUCGGGCUCACAUGACAACACGGUGCGCGUCUGGGAUGCAAAGACUGGGACGGCCGUCGGUGCCCCUUUGGAAGGUCACGGUCGUUCGGUCACAUCCGUCGCAUUCUCACCCGAUGGACGGGUCAUUGCGUCGGGCUCAUACGACAAGACAGUGCGCCUCUGGGGUAGCAAGACCGGAAAAUGCCUCGAG